UUGAGGCUGCAAGGGUUAGCUUUAGUUCAAGAAUUUUGACGACUACAUGGCGUUUGCUGCCAAAUCUUGUUUUCGAUUAUAGUCAGUUCCCGGCUAUGGUGAAUAAGGCACAUUCUUUCUUGAGAUUCGUCGACUGGACUGUUGCUCACCAUGAUGAAUCAGAUGUUAAAAUUUUUGAACUUCAGCUCGGGCCUACCACUUAUUGUGAGGUUUCGAUCAAGUACCAAUGGGUGGAAUUUGCCAUACAACACAAUGUGCAAAAGCUUGUUCUUCAUGGAAGAGUUUGUGGGACUCAAAAUCUAGCAGAUUCCAUCUUUUCAUGUCGGUCCCUUGUAAAAUUGGAGUUGUCUGUACAUGAAAUUGUCUUAUCUUGGCCUGAAACUAUUCAGCUUCCAAACCUCAAGAAACUAAAGCUGAAAUUCUUGCUUCUGCCAGAGAUGAUCACCAGCCAAGAUUUGUUCUCAAAUUUCCCUGCACUUGAAAAACUCUCCAUGUUCUUCUGCAACGUUGCGUCCCUCAAUGUUUUUUCCAUUUCAUCUUCAAGAUUAACGGAGUUCACGAUGUCUGCCUGUCUAGGGAUGGAAAGCUGCUCGAUCAGGCUCCAGACUCCAUCUCUUUCUAAAUUCAUAUACACCAAUUGGGAUCCAAGGGAAAGCUGGAGUCUUUCUAAAUUCAUAUACACCAAUUGGGAUCCAAGGGAAAGUGUGUUGCACGUGCCUCCAUGUGCAUUUUCAUUGGUGGUUGAUGGUGAUGAUUCUCUCAUGUGUAGAGGAAGCCCUGACGAGUUGAGUCAAACUGUUGUUAAACUCACUCGAGAGCUUCUUGGGACAAGUUAUAUCACUACAGGACGUUGGCUCAUUCAGUAUCUUUCUAUGGUUCCUGAUCUACCAAGGCGACUAGCUUCUGUUAGUUACAAUUACUUGCUGACGCUGAACGUCAGGGUAUGGCCAGUCGCAAGGCACGUUAGAACAUUGAUUUUGCUUGUUUCCAAAUGCCCAAUACUCUCCGUGCUCUCUAUUGAUUUUGUGAUGCCACAAGGAAGAAUUAUUAACCGGGGGAAUGGGGGAUGUGCAGCAGAUUAUGGUGUGGGAGAUUUUGGUGGCUUAAACGAUGUUAGAAUAGAGAAUUUUGGAGGAAAUGUGACAGAAAUGGCGCUUGUGAGGCAUUUGCUGGCUAGAACACCUCAUUUACAUAUAAUGAGGAUUGAGAUGAACCCUCUUCUGGACGACAUUGAUGCAGACUUGAAGAUCCAUCAGAUACUUGAAUAUUGGAGAGCUUCUCCAAGAGCUAAUAUCAUUUUUGACUAAUGUCAUGUAGUCAUUGCAAGUAAACCCCUCUCUUUCUCUCCCGCACACACACACACACACUUGCAAUUUUAGUACUAGGGUAGCAAUUUUGAUCGUGUUGAAAUUGAUUUUGGUAAUUUGAUAUUGCAAUUAUAAAAAUUUUCAAUCGAAAACAAUUUUGGCAGAAAAGCAUAACCUGAAUAGAAAAGUGCAUGUGUUGUGCACAUAACGUGCU